CUUAUUUGCGUUCAGGUACGCAAUAUGUAAAUAUUGGUUGAACCAAAAAACAUCCGUCAUCGCUCGGCUGGCCAACAUUUGGGCGAAAAUGAAGCCUGAGAAAGCAGGGAUUUAAACUAAUGCAGUAAUCGAGCAUAUAUUUUACUCCUAUGUAUUGCCUGGCUAGAAAAGUUAUAGGAGCUUUUCAUUUUGACAUAAAUGAAGGAACGCGGAUCGGAAUGUUGCUAAGAACAAAAAAAAAUAUCAUACCUUAUUAGGUAAGCGAAAUUUGCUUAAAAAGAUCCGCCUGGUUUAAAUUUUUUUUGAACGGGCUCCCCGUCGCCUAAUCCUUGAUAGCCGCAGUCAAUCUUAAACAAAACAAAGGAAUGUAUUGCUGCGCUGAUUUUUGUCUUAUCCCAUUCGGCAAUUUCAAACUCGAUGAUAGCAGUUCAUCCGUAGCGAGAGAAUUGGCAAUCGUCCACCAAACACUCGAGCAAACUAGGUUAACGUUCAAGUUAAAUGGUCAUGGUACUGAAAUUGAAGGUGAAUGGGAUGAUGUUACGAGAGCUAUAAAGCAAUGUCACCAGGCACUCCAUGAGCGUGGCGUUAGCCGCAUUUGCUCAGAUAUUAGAAUAUCGACAAGAAUCGAUAAGCAGUCAACUGACGGUGCUAAUCAAGCCAAGGUUAAAGCUGUUCAUGAUGUUCUUAAUGCGCAAUAAUAUAUACCCGAUUUGAUCAGUCUUUCCUACCCUCGAUUACAUUGUUCAAGUGCCCUAAAGUUGAGUACCUAACAGCGGCCAAAUCAGGGUUAUUAGCGUCGUAUACCCAGGAUAUCCGACUAGAGUAUGCAGGUGACGGAACUAUCGUUGUUGUCCGUUCCGGUGUUGGAGGGUUGACGUUUAAUAUUGAUGGUGAGAUUGACCGUGUCUUCUCUUCUCUAAAUAUGGGUGGUACUCCGCCAUCUAGUAAUACAAAUUGUGCUUCAUCUUCCGGAUCAUGUUUUUUGCGAUGUAUUAAUGCCGAAACAACGACUAUCGUGACUGUUACGCAUGAGACUAAGACAUAUAUGCCUAGCAAUGCACCAAACGUGAUCAAAAACGUAACCAGUUGACGUCUGCAUGCUUCUAUCACCU